UUGUCUUCGGUUUGCCCAUGAACAUCGGCUUUUGGCGGGCAAAAUGCAAAAACUACAAGAUAAAAUGACAAAACUAAUUUAUAUCUUUACAGUUUUCACUUUUCGAUCAUUCGGCAAUCGGCACGUCUGUUCGAAGACUGACCAUGCCGAGACAGGCUAUGAAUUAUUUUGAUUUACUGUGAUAUUUUUUUUUUUAAUAUUUAAAUCAGUUAUUUGAAAAUAAUCGUUAAGUAUAAUAUUUUAAGUCAACAUUGUACGUGUGUAGUAAAUACUACAUUAUUACAAUGGGCAUUCAAGGUUUGAUACCGUUUUUGGAAAAAUGUUCCACUACGGUGAAUAUAUCGGACUAUUCAGGAUGCACCGUUGCGGUAGACGCAUAUUGCUGGUUACAUAAAGGCGUCUUCACUUGUGCUGAUAAAUUAGCCCGCGGAGAGGAUUGUCUUGCGUACGUUCAUUAUUGUAUGAGAUAUGUAACCAUGCUAUUAUCCAAGAACAUUAAACCCAUAUUAGUAUUCGACGGUCAGCACUUGCCAGCCAAAGCCGAAACUGAAUUGAAACGAAGAAUGUUGAGGGACCAAAAUCGCAAAAAAGCAGCCGAAUUAAUGCGAUUAGACAGAGGGAAAGAAGCAUCUUCGCUGUUAAGACGCAGCGUAGAUGUCACUCAUAAAAUGGCUUUGAAUUUAAUUAAGCAGUGUAGAGAAAUAAAUGUUGAUUGCAUUGUAGCACCGUACGAAGCCGACCCACAAUUAGCUUAUUUGAAUACAAGCGGUAUUGCUGAAAUAGUCAUUACGGAAGACUCCGAUUUAUUGUUAUUUGGUUGUAAAAAAGUUUUGUUUAAAAUGGAUCAAAAUGGCGGCGGCUUAUUAAUCGAACAGGAAAGACUGCACCUUGCGAUGAAUAUGCGUCCUGAUCUGUUUACAAUGGAAAAGUUCCGUUACAUGUGCAUAUUGUCUGGUUGCGAUUAUUUGCCAUCAAUUUCUGGAGUCGGAUUAAACAAAGCUCGUCAAUUUAUUACUCGAAUAAGUGAACCCGAUAUUUACAAAGCGCUAAACAAAUUAGGAUCGUUCGUCAAUGCUAAAAUUCCACCAGAAUAUCGUGACCAGUUUAUGAAUGCCGACCGCAUGUUCCUAUAUCAGCCUGUUUACGAUCCAUUAUCACGUAAAAUAAAACCGUUGAAUGAAAUACCCGAAUCGCACAUUGAACAAGUCCUCACUUGUAAAUUAACUAAGGAUGAAGCUUUCGAACUCGCAAUUGGAAAUGUAGAUCCUAUUUCUUUAAAAGUAAUGGAUGAUUGGAAUCCUGAUACUAAACGAACGCCUCGGAAACAAAAACUCGUACCUGCUCGCCAUAAAAGUAUUUGGUCAAAAGAUUUUAAACUAUCUAAUUUUGAAAUGAGGUUAGACGAUUCACCUCCAGUCAACAACACACAGUCAACUAGGAUUGUUAACACGGCUUCAACUUCGGUUUACAAGUUCAGCGACACUUGUCUAAAAUCUCUCGAAAUAAACUCACCAGCGCCGACUAAACGAAUUUCUGUGAAUGAAAACGAUAUUUUAGAUACUUUGGAAGAAAUUUAUAAAACCGAAGAAUGUGAAGACAAAGUAUUGAGGAUAAAGAAAAGUCCGACUGUAAGAAGCUUGCGAAACCAGGAAACUUUAAAAACACAAUCAGAACCAGAGGAGGAACGUGUUCUCAAAGAAGAACCAUCAGUUUUAAAGAAAUUUGCCAAGAGAAAGUUAACCGUUAUCGAUCCAGAAAAAGAUGUAGUUAGUGGGUAUUUUUCUAAUCAAACCAAACCCAGUGUUUUUGAUCAAAACUGUGUGAAUCCGUUUAAGUGUCGAAAAACUACCGUUGCUAAAGUCGAUGAAGUAAUGGCUCAAAGUAAUGACCACGACGUUUCUAACUUGGCACCUACAAUUAUUGAUGUAAACGAAUCCGAUCAUCAUAAGAAUUUGGCCAAAAUUAAUGAAACGUCCAACGAAACGCCAAUUGUGACCAGUAGCAUUUUUGAUUGCAAGACGGACAACUUGGAUAAAACCAAUUUGGAUGAUAAUGAUGAAACCAAAUUCAAUGUUCUACAAACAAAUAUCAUGCCUUUACAAAGUGAAAGUAAAGAGGUUGACGAAAAUGAUGUUGAUGAAGGAUUUUGUAGUCAGAAUAGUAAUGUAUUCGUAACUGAAAAAUCCAAACCUACACCAAAAAGUAAAAAAAAAUCGUGUCCGAGACUGGGACUGUCGAAAAACUCUGCAAAAGGCGGUCAGACUUUACUUUCCAAGUUUGGAUUCAAGACAGCUGACCAAUUACAACUUUGAUUUAUCAAUAGAGAAUUUAUUUUAAUCAUAAGACUGACUUGAGUUUAUCACAGCAACAAGAUAGACUUCAGGGAAAUCAUUUCUCUUCCAAAAUUUAAUGUUAGUAACUUCUCAGUUAUAUUUAUUGGUGUUUUUACAAAUUUAAGUGUUUUUUUUUUCUAUCAGUACAUUAUUUUUCUAUAUAUAAUUGUUGAUGUUUUUAUUUUAUUUUUUUAAUCUCAUAGACUAGAACAACAUUAGUUUCUUAAACAUAAAUGCUUCUGAAUUCUUACAAACAACAAUCACUUUAUUAGCCGUACUUUCCAAGCUAUUAUUGAUAUAUUAUUUUUUUUUUUUUGUACAUAGAAAUAUCGAAAAUUAUUUGUACAAAAUGACAAAUUUUAGUAUGCCAUUAACUUUUUUAUUUUAAUCAAGCCAAGGCACAAACUAUCUCAUAAGACAUGAAUAAAAAAUAAACAACAAAUUUUAGAUUACACUGUGGAAUAAACAAUCGGAUUUCUGUAUAAAUUUCAAAAAUCCAACUACAAACAAAACAAUAAUAUAUUUACUCGUCUACUAUUAUAUUCACACAUCUAUAAAUAAUUACAUUAUAAUUCUUUGAUUUUUUUUUUAAAUUAUUAAUGUCGCAGUGACAACCAAGUUGGUCAGAUCGGUCAUCAACAGAUUUAAAUUAAAUACAAUUGAUGUAUAAUUAGUAAUUUUUGUUAUAUUUGUUAACGAGAGUUAUUCAACAAAUUGAUCGGUUUCGUGCACUA